ACCUCUCCAAAGUCGGACGGGGCCUCUGACUCUCCUCUCCCCGACUUCAUACUCUCCAUCAGCACAGCACAGCACAGCACAGCACAGCACAGCACAGCACAACCCAGCACAGCACCCAAGCGGAGUGUGUCUAUUUCUUGAUGGUUGGACGACGACGCGGCUUAAGUCUGCUGCCGGACUGCGAGCGACAUUCUUCGCUGGAGGAGUAACCGGGGCCGAUACUCGAGCGCCAUGGCCUUCUCCGUGAUCAAAAAGCUUCUCGUGCUGGCCGCUGCCGUCUCGCCAGCCCAGGCGGCCAUCGCGGCUUGGUGGAAUGGCAUCGCUCCCCAGAUAAUACUCCAGAACCAGACGACAGGCCAGAUCCGCUACAGUGCUUGCAACAGCUAUGGCCAGCCCGUAUAUUCAUAUACCGACUCCAGCUUCUUGUCGCUGAACGUCAAGGCAAGGAACGAUACACCCCUGGCCGGCUCUGGCUACUGGGACACCAAGAAGACAAUUGCCUCCAUAUACUACCUUGAUGAAUUCAACAACAUCGUCAACGCCCUGUUCAACUGCAACAUGGCCACGGGCCUUUUCACAAGGGUCGGCACCUGGAACAUCAGCGCCGAAGCGCCCUCUGUCAACAACAACACGGGUCUGUCGGCUCUCCUUCUCGGCUCAACAGGGGGCUACCGCCUGUACUUCCACGAUCGAGACAUGGCCAUCAACGAGAUUGGCUACACCCCCACCACCGGCUGGAAGUGGAAUGGUAUUGUCAACCGUGCCGUCCAGUCGUCGCCGGCUAUUCAUGCCGCCUUCUCAAGCCAAAACAACAUCAGCGUCGUGGCUCCGUUUGACGAUAAUAAUAUCGGCGUGACGAGGUUCAGCAAAGAUUCCCUAUGGCGGCUCUCAACUUUUCCCAAGCCCCUCAACGGCAAUGUCAUCACCAACCUGGCCAAUGUGUCCAUAGCAAUCAACCAAACAGUUCCCGCCAACUUCUCACUGAGCGCAUACUACGGCAAGCCCCGUGGAAUCGGUAUCAGCAUUGACCAUGUUUACUCGCGCUUUGUCUAUUACAUCGGAAACGACACCAACUUGUACCAGUUGAGCAGUAAGAAUUGGGUCUGGAGCCCGCAGACGAAUCAGUCCAACGCCUUUUGGCCCAAGGCUGACUCUCCAAAUGCGGAGCUUGCUGUCGCGAGCGAUUUCAACACCGACAUGGUGCGCAUUUACUACACGGUGAAGAACCAGCUCACCGAGGUCAAAUACGACAACGGGGCCUGGAAAGCAUGGUCGCCUGUCGCAGGCCCAAGGGUCGCCGUCACAACCACAAGCACGCCGGAGCCACCAGCAAACACCACAAUAGCAAAACCGGCAACAGAUACCCCCGAACCCACCGCGCCACCUUCGGAGGCGGGGCUGUCAAAGGGUGCCCAGGCAGGAAUUGGCGUUGGCGUCUCCCUGGGCGUCAUAGCGCUCAUCGCUUUCGGCGCUGCUUGCAUUCUCCUGCGGCGGAAAAGGGACCCGGAGACUCCAGUAGGCGCGUUGGUCGACCCUGACGCGCCAGUGCCGCCUUAUAACCCACACCCGCAAUAUAACCCGCCUUUCGACUCACCCAUAUCACAAUCUGUAUCUCCAGUCUACGAUAACAAUUUCAUGUGGGAGAAGAACCUCCCGCCGACGCCGCAACCUAUCCCCAUAGAUCGCCCCGUCUAUCAACUUGAUCCCGCAAACCAUCCGACUGAGAUGUAUGCCCCACAACGGCCCCUAUACGAGCUGCCUGAGCAUUCAUACUCGCACGAGUUAAUGGGAAGCGGACAGGCACAAUACCCAGUGUCCCGUGAAUCUUCUCAGUGCUCGCCUGAGUACUCGCCUCAGCAAUCACCCCAGCAAUCACCACAGAAAUCGCCAAGCCGACUGUAUCAACAAGAGCAUGCGGGCGAGCACAUGCCUCAACACAUACCUCAGCACAUAUAUCAUCAAAUGGGCCAGCAAGGACACCAAUUUUAAUAAUCACAAGUCAUAUUUCCGGUUCAGAACCCGUUUAUGAGAGCUUCAAAUCCCCCCCCGAGAGCAACGACCAUAUACACACACAUAUAUACGUUAGCGCCAAGGAUGCCCUGAUGACCUAAUCCCAUUUCUUUAACAUAUUGUCGCCCAAACGGCUGAUCUACCAUUGAUCAAGGGCCUAUAAUUCCGUUUCUCUGUUGCCGGAUAUGGCAUGACGAAAAUGUACAUCUUCUCUUGGUGUCUUCUUGCUUGGACAAUCCCUUGGAAAACAAACUUUCCAUUUCUAUUCUCUUGUAUA